UUUGUUUUUAAAAAUGCAGACCACGUGAAACUGAACUCAGCCCAUCCCUGUUCUCUUUAUUUUGUGGUAAAGCAAGUCAGGAACCCACCACACGCGUUGUUCUGACGAGAGGCAUACUCUGAUUUAUUUUCUUUUUUGACGCACAUGUCGGAUUGGCAUCCUUAAUUUUGGGCGAAGUCUUGCUCAGUUUUGUGUUUUUUUGUGGCAUUUCCAGCGCAGUCUUUAGGUCAACAGUGGAGGGUUGUGGAGUUAAGCUAUUUAACUCCUUCUACUCCCCAUGAAAUGUUCGCAAGUUUUACCCUCAACUUCGUCGCUAGUUGGAACAGGUCACAUAGUCAGAAACAGCGACUCGAAGAAAACAGGGAGAAAUGAGAGACCCCCCCUCCCCUAAACUGGCCUCGAGAAGCAACCACCACAAGGAGCCCCUCCCCAUUUCCUCUUCUCUUCCCCAGGCGGGCAGGCCCUUCCCUCAAGAGCAGCCGCGUUGGGCGGGGGCGGGCCAUGGCCGGGGCUCUGAGCCGAAGCUCUUGAGCUGCUGAGGGACAGCGAUGUGAUGUGGAGUCGUGGCUUGGGCGGCCGAGGAGCUGGCGUCUUUUCCUGGGACUCAGACGGGACAUGGCAAACGUCAAAGUGGCAGUGCGGGUCCGGCCUCUCAGCAAAAGAGAGCAUUCAGAGGGAAGAAGAAUAAUUGUAGAAGUUGAAGACAGAGUGGCAAAAGUCAGAAAUCUAAAGGUGGACAACAGGUACGAGGGCCUUUGGGACACAAGAGAGAAAGUUGUGGCAUUUGGCUUUGAUUACUGCUAUUGGUCAGUUGAUCCUGAAGAUCCCAAAUAUGCAUCUCAGGAAGUGGUUUUCCAGGAUCUUGGUACUUCAGUAUUAUCCGGUGCUUUUAAAGGAUACAACAUUUGUCUUUUUGCUUACGGACAGACAGGUUCAGGAAAAACAUACACCAUGAUGGGAACUCCAGCAUCCAUUGGAUUAACACCUCGUAUAUGUGAGGGUCUGUUUUCAAGGGAAGAUGACUAUUCAAAACAGUCAGCAUCAUGCAGAGUGGAAGUCAGUUUCCUAGAAGUCUAUAAUGAGCGAGUCCGAGACUUAUUAAGCCAGUCAGACCAUAAGAAGCCAUAUACGCUUCGUGUCCGUGAACAUCCUGAGAUGGGUCCAUAUGUUCAAGGACUGUCUCAACAUGUGGUUACAGACUACAAACAAGUAGUUGGACUUCUAGAAGAAGGAAUAGCAAACAGAAUUACAGCAGCUACGCAGAUUCAUGAUGCCAGCAGUAGAUCCCAUGCUAUCUUCACCAUCCAGUAUACUCAAGCUAUAUUAGAGAACAAUCUGCCCUCUGAAAUUGCAAGCAAGAUCAACUUAGUGGACCUUGCAGGCAGUGAAAGAGCUGAUCCUAGUUACUGUAAACAUCGGAUUAUAGAAGCACAAAACUCUCAGAUGUUCAGCAGCUGCCAGAGUAUAAACAGCAUAGCCAGUGAAGUGGAUAGCAGCCACGUAGACAAUCCCUCUGGAGGUAGUAUCAGCAGCCACAGACGUCAAGCUUACAUCCCAUACCGUGACUCCAUCCUCACUUGGCUUCUGAAGGAUAGUCUGGGUGGCAAUUCCAAGACCAUUAUGAUUGCAACUAUCUCACCUGCAAGUUCUUGUUACAUCGAGACCAUGAGUACCUUGCGAUAUGCCUCAAAUGCUAAAAACAUUAUAAACAAACCCCGGGUAAAUGAGGAUGCAAAUGUAAAGCUGAUUAGAGAAUUGCGAGAAGAAAUAGAUAGAUUGAAGGCUAUGCUGAUGAGCUUUGGGCUGAGGAAUUCUAGUCCUUCAUGGAGUGAUGACAGAGAAGGAAAUCUAACAGAAUUAGUUCUUCAGAAUGAACUUAAGAUUGAGCAGUUGACCAAAGACUGGACAGAAAAGUGGAUUAACAGGAAAGCUAUUAUGGAAGAAUACAAUGUGGAUAUCAACAAGAAAAAAGCUGGAGUGAUGAUAGACUCCAGUUUACCUCAUUUAAUGGCCAUGGAUUAUGAUAUCCUUAGUACGGGAGUUAUGCUCUAUCAUCUCAGGGAAGGAACAACCAAAAUUGGAAGAAGUGAUUCAAACCAGGAACAGGAUAUUGUUUUGCAGGGUCAGUGGAUUGAAAGGGACCAUUGUGUUGUAGACAACCAGCAUGGGAUCGUGACUCUGCGGCCUCUUCAGGGAGCACAUUGCAUUGUGAAUGGUCAUGAAGUCACAGAUUCUGUCCGUUUGUCACAAGGAGCUCUUGUUAUUCUGGGCAAAGUUCACAAAUUUAGGUUCAACCACCCAGCUGAGGCUGCCAUUUUAAGACAAAGGCGAUCAAUCAGUGAGGCCUCUUCUGUGGCGAGUUGUAGAUCUCUUGAAUGGCUAGAUUUGGAUGGAGAAUAUCCUUCCCUUUCCUAUAGCUUUUAUCGAGCUGAAACAGAAAGUCUGGACUCUGCAGUUCACAAUGACUUCAAAUCUUCUGAAAAGAGAUUUUCUAGCAGUGACCAAGGAGGUGCUGUACAUGAAGAAUGUCAGCCAAAGCUGAAAAGCCAGGGGGUGCUCCACAGCAGGGAAAUUCAACAGCAGCAAUUGUAUGUUGAAGAAUUACAACAACAGAUCUUAGAUGGGCAGAUCAAAGCUGAGCAAGAACUAGAACAUGAUGAGGCAGUAAUCAAUCAGCAGAUCAAGGAAGACCAGCAGUGGCUCAUUAAUGAAAAGAAAUGGCUGGCUGUCCAGGAACAGCAGCGAGAAUCUGCUGUGCAGACAGAAGUCAAAUCAUAUGCAGAAACUGGAGUCCAGAAUGUACUGGAAUCAGAAACUGGCCCUUCCCUGACAGAGCAGAACAAGAAGAAACUGGUACAGCUAGAACUUUUACGAAAAUACUCUUUGAAGAAAGCAGAAAGACAUUUAAGUAGGAAGAAGGUUAAACUGCAUUUGGAGAGGAUUGUGAAGAAGCAAAAAUUGCUAGAGGCCAAGAAAAACCUGGAAGAGUUAGAAGCUAGUUGUUGGAUCAGUGAGGACAAUUCAAAACAUUCUCAAUCUCUGGACCAAGAUAUCACAAUAACAUAUUGGGACUGUAAGAAUUCACAACCAGAAUCAGGCUCCGGCUCCUUGCAGUGCAGAACAAACGCCUUUUUAAAUCGUCAACUACCACAUUGCAGCUUUUUCCUGAAGAGGUAUCCCUCUCAAUUACCUACCUCAGCACACAGCAAUGGAUUCUAUAAAGUUAAUCCACCAAGAAAAUCACUGUCUGUAGAAUAUCUUCCAAGAACAGUUAAAGAACCUCACAGCAGAGAUAACAUUCAUGAUGAGAGAGAUGACUCCUUCCCAAUCCACAAACAGGUGAUCAAAAACCAGAAGUCGUAUUUGGGAAGUAAAGGAAGAUUGGACAAGCACAGUAGUAAUACAGAAGUAAUUUCUCAUAUCUGCAAAGAUAACAAAACAAUGGAGAAAUGGGAUAACAGACCAAGGCAAACUAGAUCUAAAGCCCAGAUUUCUAAGACUAGUUCUCCUGACCACUUCAAGAAAAAAAGUGAAUCUGAAACAGGAAAACAAGCGGGCAAAGCAAAAGCACUGGGAGACUCAAAUCAACUUACAGGGGCGCACUUAGAAAAGAGUGAUACUCAGGAAGCUAGCAGAAAGAUUAGAACCGAUACAAGAAAAAAGCACAAAGGUUUACUUCCAGGAAAUUUCAUUAAGGAACUUAAAAAAACAGCAAUAUGUGGUAAACCACCAGAACAGCACCUAAGCCAAACAGAAAAUAACAUGAAAAGAAAGUCAAAGAAUAAAAAAUCAUUGGAACAUCAUGAUCUCCUGAGGUUAGCAACUUCAGCAAGAAGUCUGAACAACAUAAAUGCCUCCACAACACUAUGUCAUGGUGAAAAAAGAUGGCAUAGUGCUGAGGUGUUGAGUGUUGGAUUCUCAAAAGCAGUCCCUGAGCCAUUGAGAAGCUGGCAAGAAGAUGAAGACAUUGAGUUUUCUGAUACAGAUAGUACCUAUUCCGUUGAUUCACUUUCAUCUGCUAGUGCAAAAGUCCUGUCAAAUAAACUGAGUCAUGUGGAGUUGGCUGGAAUCAAGGACACUGUUGAGCUGGAAAGUUCUGAAAGUGAUGACAGUCGGAUGUCCCAAGAUUCUCUUUCAGAAAAAGUAAACAAAACUGAAAGCCCAGAUGUAAUUAAUCUUCCUGAGGUACAUCAACAGCCUGUUAAAUUUUGCAAAGACAAUAACUGUCAGCCUGCCUCAUUGUUAGCAAACACAUCUAACAAUACUUGGAGUAUGAUGGAAAGAAGCUUUUCUCUUGAUAGUCUAGGUGAUGCUGAUGAAGUUUCAGGAGAAGAUUUGGCAGAGGAAAUUAAAAGAGAGUCAUUUGAUGAAGUGCCUGCAGAGGUUUUUUGGAAGUUGCAAAAUCGAAGGUCAGAAUCCAUAAAGAGCAACAAGCAGCACAGUGCUGAGAUAUGUAAUGAAACUGUAAAAAAAUCUAAUGAUGUGAAUCUGAAUACUCAUUCUUUUUAUCUGGAUGCUAGUACACAGUCUAGUUUUAAUAGCAUUUAUGAUAAGUCAAUAAAAGAUAUGGAAAUUUGUUUUUCUGGACCAGAGUUCUCACUAGAUCAAAGAUCAGACAAUGCAGGGGAAAACCUUCCAAUUUUGCCAGAUGCCUGGUUGUCCUAUGACUUGAAAAAUGGCAAGAGCAGCCCCAUAAUAGCAGUGCCCUCUUCCCAAGAUCCCUCAGAGUUUCAAGUUGCUCAGCUGCAUCCUGUUAACAAGUCAAACUGCUGGAUGAAGAAAGAUGACCUAAGGCAGUCAGCUGCUGAACUAUCAUUUGUCUCUUGUUAUAAAAAACUUCAUUGGGUUUCUCAUGAGUCAAACCAGAAUGAAAUGCUAUUUUCAUCAGCAGCACCAACAGUACCUUUACCAGAAACAAGGAAACAAAUUGAGAUUGAUGCUCCAGGAGCCACUCUAUCAUUUUCUCUAUCAACCAAAAAUGUUCAAUUUGGUCACGUUUCUACAUUUCCUACAAAACAUGGUUACUCUGAAGUUGCCUCUCCACCUAAGUCUAAUUACCAGCAGCCUGAUGAAUUGUCUGAAAGUGGACCUACUAAUAAAUGCAGGCAAACAUCUAGCUGUUUGAAAGAAGCCUCAAGGUCAGAUAGUUUAUCUCAAAUGUCAGAAAAACAAAACCUUUUUGUUCCUUCAGUUUCUCCUGAGAUGUCCAAGGAUCUGGAUUUGGAACACAGCUCAUUAAUUUCUGCUUCAAGUACUACACCUUUGCAGAAAGAAGAAAUUUAUGCAAAUACUAAUUUCAAAGAAUGCCUCUUUAGGACUAUUGAAAAAGGAGACUUCAGUUGUGACUCUAAUAGCAACAUAAGGGACUCAAAGGUAGUUGACUUAAACCCCAUAGAUAAACCAAUAUACACAGAAGCCAAUGGAUCUCCCUGCUUAAUUUCAUUGUGUACAACACAGGAAAAAUAUCAAGGUCAUGAACAUUUGCUUUCAAAAGAGGGAGGAACUUCAGUUAGUGAUGAAAGUUUCUAUCUCUCUGACACAUUAAAGAAGAAUACCAAUUCUGUUACUAAAGUUGGGGAAGAAGAAUAUACUGGAGAUAAGAUGUAUUUACGAAGAUAUAGUGGAAGUAGUUUUGAUGUGCAGAAAACAAGAUACCAACAAGUGUCUGCAAAAAGCUGUAUAAAAAAUAAAUUGUAUCAAAGUAAAAUAAUGGCCUUUUGCCACGAUGAUCAAUUUGCUCUACCAAUACAAACUUCUGAGACUGAGAGGGUCAGUAUGCAAGAAAACAGAGAUGCCUUAACAGAAUCUGCUUUAGAGGUUCCUUCUUUUAGAGAGGUGGAAGAAGAAAAAGCUCAAGAUGAAGACUGGGGUUCAGAAAAUAGCUAUGAAUUUCAAACUAAAUCCUUAGUAAGUUAUUCCCAUUCAGGUGUAAAACCUGACCAUUCUGGAAGUAGUGUGAGCCAAGAUGUUUUAUUAACUGUUGACCCUGAAAAUACAAUGGGACACAGUAAAGAGAAAAAUAAUGUGCUUUCUUUUUCCAGCCAAGAAACAUCUUCAUCUACUUCUGUGGAUUUGGUGACUGACAAAUCAGUGUGUUCUAAUGCAGACACAAAUGGGGACAAAACUGAACUUUCAGUUGAUAGUUCUUGUGAUACUGGUGAUAAAUCCACUUUACAAUCCAGCUCAAAUGUAUAUUAUCAAGACACAGCUGGAGUGGGGAGAUGCAAUGAAAAAUUUCAAGGUUCUGUGACUAUUAAGGAUGCUUGUGUGACCAGAUCUAGUACAAUGGGAAAUAAUGUAAAUGAUCCUGACUGUAUCAGCACCCCCAAUCAGAAACUCAUAAUACAUAAGGAAGUUGAUGAUUCUCUUUUGUUUGGCGCCAGUCUUCACUCUGGCAAAACAAAUGCUUGGCACAUACCUGCAUCAAGAGAGGUGAAAGAAGCUCCAGUUUUCCAUACGGUCUUCAAUGAAAAUGAUUGCUCAGGAAUUGAACUGCAUUCUAAUCAAGCCACAAAUUACACUGAAAAAGACUUUGGAAAAGUGUUGGGAAAUGAUGGAGUUGUAUCAGUCAUAGCCUUCCAAGAACAGGAUCUGCAUGUGAAUAUAGAAUCUGGACAUCUAAAAGAGAGUGUUGAUAAUAAACCAUUAAGUACUUCUGAAGAUAAGGGUGAACAUAUUAGUAAGAUGAUAAACUCUGAAGAACUUACUAAAUUAAUAAAUAGUGUCAAUAAAUUGGAAUGUGACAUUUUAGAAAUUAAAUAUAGUCAGAGUAAGAGUUUGCACAAUUACCUUAGAACUGAAUCUCAAGGUGAAACUGUAGAGAGUAGAAUGAUCUCUGAAAAUGAUGGCUUGAUUCAGAGGCCCAACAAUGACCAUGAGAAAUAUUAUAAGCAGCUGUCUGCAACAGUAAUACGGGAAAAAAUAGAUAUCCAGCUAAUUGAUGAUAACAAAGGAGAACCAUGUCCAAGAAAACCAGCAGUGGGGCCUGAUAGCAUUAUUCAGUCAAACAAUAUUAAUCAAAAUAAAAUCCAAGGGAGUGCAAACCAAAGUGAUUGUCCUGCAGACAAAGAAGCAAGUUCUACAAGCACUGUGCCAGGUGGAUAUUCUAGCUCAACCAUUUUUACUCAAAAUACGAUCAAUUUCCUUGACAUGUGUGAGGAACCCAUUCAAGUUGACAGAACUAUAGAAAAUGUCUGGAGUUCUGAAUCCUCAGUGACUGCAAUAACCAUUGAGUACAGAGAAGAGGAUGAUUUAAACUGCAUUAUUGAUGAUAAAAAAAUAUCUACUAACAGUGAGACCCAUUUAAUAGAAAGCUUGAUAAUGUACCCCGAGUCUGUUCCUGAAGAAAAUAAAGUUAAUGGGGACAUAAUUUGUUCUCAGAGAGUGAGAAAAGAACAGUGUGAUACAACAGAAAAUAAGGAAUUUGUGAAUUCCAAUUUAACUAGGCUACACACUGAUGAACAUGUUGCGUUGCAGCAAGAAAAUUCACCUCAUGGUUUUAUUGAUAGUGACAAUGGCAAUCAUGUAACAAAUGCUGAAAUACCAGAAAUAUACUUCACUGCUUCUAAACUGGAAGAACAAGAGGACAUGCAUCAGUUAUCAGAAGUGUGUCUUGAUACAGAUAAAGAACAAAAAAGCCCAGCAGCUCUUUGGUGUCACACAGGUGUCAUUAAUGAGACACUGGAAGAUGAUAGUAAUGAUGGCUGUGCGGGUGAUAAUAGAGCUGUAAUUGGACAGAGUGGGACUAGUGAAGUCUUCAGACAAGUUGGCAAUAUUGUAAAUAUGAAUGCAUCUAAACUUCUUUCUGCAAAUUCUCAUAAAAAUAUCUCAGAACAUUGUGAUAUAAAUUUUGUUGGAAACAGACAUGAUAAUGAUAAAUAUGUGCCAGUUAGCUGCAUACCUAAGGAAAAACAGACAAUACACCUGAUAACUUCCACAACCCUGGUAGCAACCAAGAAACUGGCCCAAAGUACUGAUACACAAAACAUGUUUAUUUUAAAGACAGAGAAGGAUGAGGGAAAUUUGGAAGAAAAUAAGGGAAGCUUGGAAGUGGAUGUUUCAUCAAAUCAAGCUGAAACUCUGCCAGAGAACAAAUGUAGUUCCUGGUUUUCAAACAAUGACACCAUAUUAAGUGAUGCAGCAAAAGGAAAGGAAAGGUUGCCUGUCAUUCUUUCAAGGAAUAAUCCUGAACUUGUUGAUGACUCAGUACCUGAUAACCAAACAGAUUCACUAGAACAUAGAAAUCAGGACGAUGGGAUAACUUCUGUGACUGUUAAAGACUUUUCGAAUCAGCCUACAUGUUAUUUGUUGCCUGGAGUAAGUGCAAAUGGAGAAAAUAUGAAGGAUGUCCCUACUGUAGCAAGCAAUCCUGCAAUGCCAUUAAGUAAUAGUAUCAACAAUGAAGUAGUUCUCCAAUACUAUGAAACACAAGUGGACACUGACCUGCAGGCUAGGGUACUUUGUACCAUUAACAAAGGGGAAAUAAAUGAAUCACUUUCUGAUGUCAUGCCAAAUAAAUGUAUUACAUUUCCUCCUGAUCACCUAGAACAGGAUGGGGAGGUAAAGGGGAACUUAAUAUCCAAUAAAACCUUUUAUUGUACUGCAUCUGAGCAGAGUCCUAGUAAGGAUGACACAUUUUCAAAAUUAUGUAUAGCAGAAUGCCAUGAAUCACUAGUGUUGUCUUCUACUGAUGAUCCACAAAACAAAGUAAUUCCUCUCAAAAGAUUGGUUUCUUCUAAAAGUACAAGUCAUGAUAUGGACAGGUUUCAAAGACAAUACAGCACAAGAGAAGAGAAAAAGUCAGAACAGUAUUUAAAUUCAUUAAACAUCUCUCAAAAAGAAAGUGCUAUGUCUGAAAAAACAACUAUGUAUCCCUCUUCAGUAUUAAAAAAAAAUGUAGAAGAAAUAAUGCCAUCAUUACCAGAAUGUUCUCAGGAGUGUUUUAACAGUAUUAUCAGUCAGAAAGAACUGAAUUCAUUGGUGCAAUAUGAUCAGACAAAUAAAUGUGUAGAUUCCAAUUGCAUUGAGACAGAAUACAGAAUAAAUAGUAAAAGCAAGGGAGAAUUGGAAUGCCAAACAGAAACUGCUAAGAUUCUUGCAUGCAGAAUUUCUCAGGAUUUCUGUAUGGGGCACUCAAGUGAUUCUAUAGCAAUAUCUGAAGAUGGAGCAAAUAUUUCAGGUUAUUCUGAUGAAGCUCUUUGGGAAAAUGCACAUUAUGAUGAAGACAAGGCUGCAGAUUACAAUAUGAAUUCUUACAUUUCUGAAUACUCUCUGAGUUCCUUGAACAGCUCAGCAAUUCUUCCAAAAUGUUUGUUAGAAUGCCCUAUCGACAAGUAUGGAGCUGAUGCUCCCUAUUUUGGGGAAGGCAAAUACUUGGACUCAGAAGAUUUCAAUAUUUCUGGUUCAACUUCAGGUGAUUGCUCUGUGCAUCAACAAGAUAGGAAAAUAAAUAACCCUAGUGAUAGUAAUAAAAAUACUCAGCGAGUGGUGGAAAUGUAUCAAAAGGAAAACCAAGGUCAAGAUUAUUUGCCUGAUUGUCUGCGUAACCAAGAAAAUAAUACCUCUUUACAGUCUGAGAAUUGUGUGGAUAGGACAGAAAUAAAAUUGGAAGACAGAAGCUUGCUUACUUACCAAAGUUUAGAACAAAUAAGCAAUGGUGAAGCAUUACCACCUGCUUUUUGCUCUGUUGAAGAUUUUUCCACUUGUACUGUGUUUAAAAAUGCAAAAACUCUUGAGUCCCCAAGAUCAUCAGAAGGUUUCUCAUCUUCUGUAUAUAGGUUAUAUAAUAACUCACUGCAAGAUGCUUUUUUGACUCCGCAUUUGUCAACUCCAUUUCGAAUACAAGAAAGUCAAGUGCUUUGUCAUCAGGGUUUUCCAGAUAUUCCUCACUUAUCUUCAGAAAGCUCUCUUAGCCUCAGUACUAGUCAUAGUGAAGCUGAAAGACAUGAUGUGCUAUAUGCUGCUACAUCAAGCUAUCCAGCACUUGCUAUUGGUCAGAUGCAAGAAAGUCAUUGUGACAGUUCUGUGAUAUUAGACCAGCAGCUGUGUGCUCCUGAAACAACUUCUCUUCCUCUUGCAAAAAAAAAUGGAUGUCUCCCACUAUCUGAUACUAAAUCUAGUUCUCAAAGAACCUCCGUUUUAGAUUGCAAUGAAAUACACAAAUUUAAAUCCAAAAAAUUCUACCAUGAAAGAGAUGUUUGUCAAGAACCAAGGGAUACAGCUCCAAUGCAAAAAAGUUGCUUAGAAGAUAUCGGCAAAACUUUGUAUCACACUUUAAAUUCAAGUCUUGAUUUGGAAGAAGAUGAAAAUACACCGCAUUUGAACUUCCCUAACAUAAAUGUAGAUAAUUACCAUAAGGUGAUGAAGAGUGAGAGAGAGUCUUUGACAUCAGAACAGCCAAAUAUUUCAGUAAUAAAUAACAGCAUGUCCUCCAAGUAUUUAUCAGGAAGCAGCUGUUUGGCUUUGCAGGAAGAACCUGCACCAGAGAUAAUUAAGAAUGAAAAUACUGCUUGUUCUUCACAGAAUUUAAACAGAAGUAAAGAAGAUAGACAACGACCAGGUUUACAGAGUCAUAGUUUAUCAGCACCAGCUAUUACUGUAAUAUCAAAUUUUGAAUGUGCUCCAGAAACUUCUAAAAUAGACUUUUCUGUACAUUCUACCUCUAAGUCAUUACAGGAGUUAAAUAUGAGUGUUGAACCUCCAUCUCCAACUGAGGAUGACCUGCAGAGAGCUGAAAGCUUAUCAAAAUUAAAGACAGACAAUGAGGUGUCAAUUAAAUAUAAACUCAGAUUUCAAAAGAAAUCCAUUCAGGGCCAGAGGUUUAGUUACUGUGAUAAAAAAAGCUGUAGAGAAAGUGCUCAGGAAAGUAACUCUUCCAAUCCCUCCCCUGUUCACUAUCCAAUAGCUGUUGGCCACACCACUGGAAAUCCCAUGGAUACAGAAACAGGGAAGUGUUCACAUAAUGUUUCUUCAGUACAUGGACACAGCACGAGCACAUGUAAAGAUGUAAUGCAUCAAAUGGAGGCAACAGGAGGACUACUUCAAGACAAUAAAGAUGCCAUGCACUUUAGUUCAAGUGAUAUCAAUCCAUACAUACAUCCAUGGCAGCAAGAUGGCUCCUGCAAGAUUGGUUGGAAGCAAUAUGUUUUUGGAAGUGCAAGUGAUGUCUCUAGUAACCCACCUCCAUUGAGUUUGGAUAAUCAAACAGUUAUGAGGUGCUCCAGUGUGGAUAAUGGCUUGAAUUCUCAAAACUCCCCUUUCCAUUCUCAUCUCAGUUCAUACGCUAAUGCAAGAAUGAUGUCCAGUACCAUAAGUAGCACAGACGAUCUCCAGGGAUGGGAUGUUGCAAGAGAAGGCUUUGAAUCUACACAUUCAGAUGAGAGUGGCAAGCAUAAUACCAAUGUUUCUCGUGAUGAAUUUGUGACAAAGUCAAGAAAAUGUAUUUCCACAGGUGAAAACCAUUCUCAACAGUCUGGAAACACUUCCAUGCAAGUUGAUGAAAUUGUUCUUCUCUACCCUUCUGAGUCGGAUACAUCCUUCAAUAAACCACAAGGGCUACUCACUUGUGAACAGGAAACACAGACAGAGGCACCAGCAAGGCAUAAAAGACAGAAGAGGCACCAGAGAAGCUACACAGAUAUAUCUGCAAGAAAUCCUGGGCCAGGCAGUAAUACAUUCCAACAACCUUCUUCUUGGUCAAGCAUGCAGAAUCUUUCCAUGCAUCUUUCACAGCUGCUUCACAACACUUCUGAGCUGCUAGGAAAUUUGUCCUUACAGACUGUUAAAGAUGAUGAACAAAGUGACCAUAAAGCAAUUGAUGAAGAAACCUCAAGAACCACCAUGACUGACAGCUGUACCCAAACAACAGAAGACAUAGGCGUUCAGACAGAUAUUUUAGGACACCUUCAGAACAAGGACAAGGAAAGCCAAAUCAGCACUAAUUUAGAAAGUGAGCCAAUGAAAUCUCGGGAGGUAAAUGUUGUUGUGAAAUUAGUCCAUACCGAUACUGCAGCUCUGACUAAGGAAAGAAUAUCAGAAGACAUGGGACGGAUAUUGCAGAACAUGCCUGACAUAAGAAGCCAUGAUACCUAUAACGCAGAAGAUUCUGUUAUGCCUCAGCCUACCUUAAAUAAAAACGCCAGUCCUUCAUCAGAAGUGCCCAAAAUGCCAUUGAAUGCUCCACCAGUACUUGCUCUUGGUAAUUCCAAAAUUUCUCCUGUUGCAUCUUCAUUUGAUUCUAGAUAUGAGUCUUCAAGUGUUGUAGUUAGUAGCCCUGUCUCUAACAUCUCUCUUUCUCCAGCAUGCUACUCUCAAGAUAAGGAACCUUUUGGUAAAACUGGCAUUGUAGAAACAAGGGAUAAUAGCUUGCUGGUUGACCGAGCCUCGUCCCCUAUUUUAACACUUAGUGCCAGUCCAGUCAGCCAGCAACUUAUAUCAGACAAGAUUGCUUGUUCUUUCAAAGGAUAUGCUGGACAACAAAAAGGUACUACAGGUUUAGAAACCAGUUUUAGAAAAAAGGGUUUAGGACCACAGUAUGACUUACAUUCUUGGGAGUCACGUGUGGACUCAUCUUCACAAACUGAGGUUGACAGUGAGUCUACCACAUAUAGAGAGAGCAAACACAUGCGCAAAAUGCCUGAAAAUGGCCUGGAUAAGAACACAACUAGAGAACUUUCAGGAAUAGGUCCUUCAAAACAAAAUCACAGGUUUACCAUUGACACACACACUGCGGUUCACACCAAAAGACUCUAUCAUUCAAGUAGCACUUUAGAACUUUCUAGCCAUGGCAAAUACUCAGUUGACGAUCACAAAGAGACCGUUCCAGUAGAAUGUUCAUUUCAUCAGAUACAAGCCACAAAAAGGGCAAGAAACUUCUCAGGAGGAUUCAGAUAUGAAAGCCCCACUAGAAAUUCAGAAUACUCACCAACUAAAAAGUCCUUUCAGAGAUCUUUAAAUGAGCACCAUAUAUCUUCAUCUUUAAAAUCUGAUGACGCACCAGAGUGUGUGCUCGAUUCUUUUUCUCCACAAUACCACCAGACAUGGAGAAAUCAAAACCACUGCCCUUUCCCCAUGUCUGAAAUGAGUGAUAUACAAGGUGAGGAUGAAGACGAUGGCGAUGCAGGAUCUGAUACUGAAAGUGAGUGUAAUACUGAAAUUCUACUAAGUGAGAAUACCUCCUUAGUAAAGACCCAUAGACUACGAAGCUAUAGUCUUCGUGACCUACCCCUGCACAAUAAAUUCAGCAACUGGUGUGGUGUGAAAGGAGGUCCUCAUUCUUCUUUAACUAGCCUGACUAGAAGUGCUGGUGAUAACCAUAGCCAGGCAGAAAGGAAGACAGGUAACACAAGAGAAUCUGAAACAGAAGAGAGAUCCCUGCUUAGCGAAAGGAGAGCAAAAGAGAUCGAGAGACUACGAAGAGAGCGUGCCCAGGUUAUGUUUGGCAUACAUUUAGAUGUGAAUCAGCAUCCUCUUUCUAUGGAACUUACUGAAGCAAAGCUCAAUUAUGGCAUUGGGGAAACAGAUGCACAGCUGAGGAUUCUUCAGAGCGGCGGCGUUGAGGAUAUGACAUCAGUGCCCGUAAAGCAGCGACUCUAUGAAAGGCAUAGGAAGUCAAUUGAAGUACUGAGAAAGGAGAGGGAGGAGAGAUUUCAUUGUUUUAGAAGAAGCCGUAGCCUCAGUCCACAAAAGCACCUUAGUCUUUUCAAGACAGUCGACACAAACCAGAGAGAUUUGGAUCUGCCUAGCCGCCGCUGUGAAUACCUGCAGCAACUGAGACGAGAUGUCGUGGAAAAUACAAGAAUUCAAGAACCAAAAAUGAGAAUCCAGCAUCCUUCUGAGAUUGAGCUGCUGCUUCGAGAUUAUCAGAGGGCAAGAGAGGAGACCAAAACAGAAAUUGCACGAGCCAGAGACAAGCUUCGGGAAAGAGCAGAGCAAGAGAAAAGGCGUAUUCGAGAGCAAAUACUCUCUCAACUGCAGAAGGAAGAAACUAAACUGAAGACCCUUGUAAGCACAAGCACUUUACGCACAGAUUCCACCCUCAGUCUUUCUUCAGGACCCACAUCUGGAUACAACAGUAGUAACACAGCUACUUAUGCUACUAGCAUCCUUGGCAAACAGGAAUGCCGGACUUUUCCCGAAGAUGUAGAACACACAAGAGAAGAUAUGAGAGGCCGCUCAUUUGUCAGAAAUCAUCAGCUUUAUAUACUUGAGCAACUUCAAAAGGGUUCUACAAGUGAGACUUUUCCUAUGACCUCAUCUAUGGAGAGGAGCAGUAUCCAGUCACCACUUGCAUGCAGCCAUAAGUAUUCUCAUAGCCUAGUGGUUUCACCUAGUACCUUCCCAUCCUCUUCUGUGAAAGGAUAUGAAGAUCUGUCCAAACACGUCUUGGCUACUGCUACUGCAGAAGUUAUGGCAGGAUGCUCCAAUGACCUGAGGAAUCUUUACAAUGGCGAGGCAACGGCUGGUUGGAAGUACCAAUGUGUAGAGAAGGAUGUAUUAGUUUAUUAUAAAGCUUUCUCAUCAUCUGCAACUAAGCAUGGGUUCCUGGGAGCAGGCAUGAUCAAGAGACCUCUUUCCACCGUAUUGUGUAUGUUGAAGGAUCCUAGUAAAAGGCAUCUGUAUGACAAAACCAUUACCACAGCUCAAGUACAUAAGAAAUUAACCAGUAAUAUUGAGUUGGUGUACGUGGUGAGUGAUGUUUCUUUGUGUUACCAAAAGCAACCAAGAGACUUCUGCUGCAUCACUGUAGAAGCCAAAGAGGAGAAUAUCUGCAUCCUGGCUAUUCAGUCUGUAUAUGAAGAGUCAAUGCCUCGUCCUUGCAAAGAAAUGGUACGAGGAGAGAUUUUGCCCAGUGCUUGGAUAUUAGAACCUGAUACAGUGAAAGGAAAAGACAUCACUAAAGUCAUCUACAUGGUACAGGUUGACCUGGGUACCCCCGCCAUCCCUGCAAGACUUCUGAGCUCUUUUGCAAAGCGACAACCUUUGGUGAUUGCUAGGCUUGCUCACUUUCUGGCUGGUUAGGUAUGUGUGGUACAUUGUCCACAAACUCAACGGCAAUGGCAGAACUUUUCACACAGCUCUAAAACUGGAGGAAAGAAAUACUAUAAAAGCUCACUAUACGAUGCAAAAUCACUAAGGAGCAUCUGUAUAGGACAUGGCAAUCAGAGACCAAAUCUUAACAAAGACCAAGUUUUCCUGUUUUUAGAGAGAGGCAACUUCUACAGAAGCAAUAGUCAAGUGAGAAGCAUUCCUUUUGCAAACUACCAACACUGACAGGUAAAGCCUGCUUGCCACCAUUUGCAAAAUUUUCUUUCAGAUUAUUGGAAGACUUCUGGUGCUGUAAGUCACAAAAAAACUUGAAAUUUAGUAAUAACAUUUAUUUUAAAGGAACACUUCACUGAAGCAAAACUACUGUAAUGUUCUUUGCAGAGUGCCUGACUGAAAGGGUACUUGUAAAUGAAGAAUGCAUUGUAGCAAUCAUUGUACAAAAUCAGCUUAUUGGAGAACUUUCCAGCCCUUUCCAGGUGAAGUAAGGGUAUCUUAUAGAGCAUUUAACAAGAGCUGUUGGAGUGAUAGCUCUUGUGGUCACUUUUUGUCCUCAGUCAGAACCACAACUCAGGAAGAGACACACUGUACAACUACAGAAUCGCUGUAUCACAAACCUAAGGGUUUGAAUCUGGAUAAACCACAAUUCAGUGCAUCAACAGGGACACUCGUUUAAUGUAUAGCAUCAACUGGUCUAUAAAUCAUGGAUUGGAGCUUCUGAUACUGUAUCUGGUGCAUUCAGUGGGUUGUAAACUCUUCUCUGGACAAGCAGCAAGUUACAUUAUUGUUAAGAUAAGCUUAAAGUAGGGUAAGUUCACUAAUAGCUCUUACCCUACCAAGCUGAAUUUGAUAUAGGUCAGCAAGAGUAUUUCCUGCCCUGCUUUCAGCCCUAACUCUUCCCUCACUAUGCUUAUUGGUAUUCCACAUGACUUGUUCCCUUUACUGUCGCUGCACUUUCUGCUCCUCAACAUCUGGUUUAUUGUAACAAGCAAACCCAAUUACAUGAUUUGUGCCAUUUAAAUGAUUUUGUUCAAAGUGAAGGAGUUAUAUUGUCUCUUUCCCAAUCCCAAGUUUCUAUAAACUAGUGUCCAAAAGCAUGUUUUGUUCAUGUGAAGGUGUAAACCAUUUGAUUCAGGUUGUUUCCAAAAAUAGUAACACACAAGUAGUACAGGAGCAUCAUAUUGUAGCUAUUGCAUCAUUUUCUGCCGAUCUGCUUUUGUCAAUUAGGAGCUUGUUUCUUGAGCAAUGUUUUCUCAGAGCUAUUUGCUGCUGCUAACUUGUUUGCAGCAUUCUAUGUGAGAAGCGAAGGAGAUACCUGAUCAUGAGCUCCUUUUCUUCAGUUUGCUGCAGUACGUCUGCUGAAGAUAAUGAGGCGAGGCUCGUUUCAUUCAACAGAAAUGAGGCAAUGAUUGAGGCUGCUUGCAGACAUUGUUGGUAGGUGAUACAAUUAAAGCUUAAUAAUUGCUGAGUAAUAAUCCCAAGUAGUUGUGCACUGAUGCCAUGGUGUUUCUAGAACUCCCAGUGGCCUAGGGAAAGGUCAUGCCCUUGAGCAUGUAGAAGUGCCUUCUACUCCUGGAUAGGGCUGGUUAAAUGGAUUCUAGCACCCACAUGUUUUCAAAAAAUGGGGGUGGUACUCGGCUUCAAAUUUCAGUAAUUUCAGAAAUCUGAUUUAGAUGGUGACCAUGUAGAACUCUUCGCAGCAGCACUGAGGCUGAAAUCCAAUGUGCACUUAUUUCAAGAUAAUUAACUGAAUUUAAUAUGGUUUCAGAGUGAACAUGGAUAGGGAUUGUUAACCUAUUUGUAAGUAUCUAAUGAUGAUGCUACUAUAAAAGAAAUCAAAGCACAGACAUUCUGUUUGGUAAUUACCAAAAAACGGUUUAGUUUAUUACAGAAAUUCUGUGAAGUGACUGAGAUUGCAAUGGCAAAAAUAAUUUGCAACAUCUAGAACACCAGCUUUGCAUUGCCUGUGAUUUGGGGUGGGAAUUCUGUAAAUUGCCCACAGUACCAGUAAUUUAAGAAGGCAUUAGCAACAGAUUUUAGAAAAUAUUUCCAAUGAUCAUUGGCCAAGUAUUUGCUACAUUAGUUUGUUUCCUUUAAUUGUGUGGACAUGGCAGUUUGUUAAUGAACCAACAGUUUUAGCAGGAACAUCUAUGAUGGACUCUACUCUCAACACAGAUGGUGCCUAUUGAAGGAUGAUGUCUUAUUGUACAGUGCAUCAGAUGUUUAUUUUUGUAAUUGCAUACAAUUGUUUUUCUAUGUUUACAAAUUAAGUUAUUUAUAUAUAUGGUUUUAUAUGCUGAAGCUAAUUAUUAUUUUUCCAGGUAUUCAAUUAACGUAUGCAUUUUAGAAAUACUUGAUACUUCAAACAUACUAUUUAUAUAAAAAUUGAUUUGUUUUGCAACUAUAAUACUAUGGUACCUGUAAAUGUCGAAUGAAAAGAAUAGUCUUAAAGUGGGGCAAAACUAUUUUCUGUGAAAUCUUUUAUUGAUUGUAGGAAAAUAUAGCCAGUUACUGUACCAUAUCAUUAGCCCAUAUCUGCUUUUAACCAAGAUUGCUAUUUUCAUAUC